AUGGACCAUCUUGCGGACUCCCACCACCACGACUCCAGCCAGAUCCCUGUCUCCAACAUCUCUCUGAACGACAUCUCCCUCUCUAUUUCGGCCGCGGCAGCACCGUAUCCUGUCUUGCCUCCCAUUCCCCGUCUCUCCCUUCCAGCUCGGCCCACCGGCCAUCGUCCUCCAAGAAGACCGUCCACCGCGUCGUCCAUCGAGGAACGCAGCAUAUUGUUGCCGUGUUCUGUCUCUCCUUCCCCCAGCGAUCCCCUGUCGUGCACAGCGGUCACUCCAGCCACCCAUUCAGUCACUUCCAGCAUCGACGGAGACCCCGCAGACCCUCGCAAGUUUGACUUUGUCGAAGAUGCCCCCAUCUGCGAGAUUAACCGCCGCGCCCAUGCUGCAGUGGAGGGCAUCCGCGCAGAGGCGUCCCGGCUCUCGACCACAGGCGAGUGCAAGUCACUCACCCCGCGAUCUCCAUCCUGA